AUGGCGAUUGAAAAGGUCAUGAUCAUUGGCAACUGGGAGCUGUGUCUGAGCAUCAUCAACGCCCUCAAACCAGCCGAUAAGGGCCAGCUGCAUUCGAACUUGCAGCUUUCGGUCCUCACCAAACCCUCUCAGUGGCUGCAUCUGCCACCACACCUCUCGACCGAUGCUGUCAGUCACCAAAAGUCAGACUUCUCGCCCGCCUCGCUCGAGUCUGCACUGGCCGGGCAGGACCUUGUUAUCAGUACCACGGCCGGAGGAGACUCAGAUCAGCAGAUCAGGAUCAUAGAUGCAGCAAUCGCAGCCGGCGUCCGGGGCUUCGUACCGCACGAGUUUGGCCACGACACGCUGAACAAGGGGGUAUCGAGCCGGGUAGCAAAGUCUGGUGGGCGCGCAAAGGUCAUAGAGUAUCUUCGGGAGGCGUGUAAGAAAACUGCAGGCUUCGAGUGGGUCGGGGUAGCGACAGGAUACACGCUGGACACCGGGCUCAUCAGCGGCAACAUGGGCGUUGAUAUGGAGUGGCACAGUGCAACUCUCCACGGCACCGGCACCGAGACGUUCGCAGCGUCGAGUCUGCAGCGAGUGGGCCAAGUCGUAGCACGCGUGAUUGUCGACUGGGAUGAAGUCGCGAACCAGUACAUCUAUGCAGCCGGCACGCUGACGUCGGCCAACGAGGUCCUGCGCAGUGCCGAGAAAACUACGCAGCGGGAGUUCACAGUCGGCAACUACGACGUCGAAGACUGCAUCAAGGAGGGCGAAGCACGCAUCCAGCGCGGCUAUCCCGACUCUGGCAUGUUCCUGCUGGAACGCAGCAUCCUCUACGACGAAGGACUCGAUGCGGCCGAGCCUUUCCAAAGAUGCAGUAGCAACAAGCUUUUACAGCUCGAGUCCGAGUCGGUCGAGACGAUCGUUGCGAAUGCUUACCACGAGCUCAGGCACCACGGGAAGCCUGGCUGUGGAUGCUCAUGGUAA